UUAACACUCUCUCUCUCUCUCUUUAUAUAUAUAUAUAUAUAUAUUUAUAGAAUAUGUACAACUAGAAAUUAAAAAAGGUGCAAUUGAGAAAAGAAGAUUAAAAGAAAAUGGCGUUAAACUGGCUCAUAAUAAGCCUUGGUGUCCUGUUUUGCGUGGUGUCUGUUUCACAAGGAAGGCAAACCAUUCCCAACCCUCCAAUGAGAGCCGUUAAUCUUGGAGGUUGGCUUGUUACAGAAGGCUGGAUUAAACCUUCUCUCUUUGAUGGCAUCCCCAACAAGGACUUGUUGGAUGGAAGGGGACUUCAGUUCAAGUCUGUUACAACAAAAAAGUACCUUUGUGCUGAGUUGGGAGGAGGAACUAUCAUCGUGGCAAAUCGAACUUCUGCUUCCAGCUGGGAAACAUUUACAUUAUGGAGGAUCAAUGAAAAUACAUUUAACUUUAGGGUGUUCAACAAACAAUUCGUGGGGCUUAACGUGAAGGGAAACGAGAUUGAAGUAGUGGCUCAAUCCAACACAACAACUGUGUCUGAUGUUUUCCACAUUGUCAGAAACUCCAAUGAUUCCAACCGUGUUCGUAUUAAAACCUCCAAUGGAUUCUACUUGCAGGCAAAAACAGAGGAUCUGGUGACAGCUGACCAUGAAGAGGAGACUUCUACAUGGGGAGACGAUGAUCCGUCUGUUUUUGUAAUGGGAUUCUCUGGAAAAUUGGAAGGAGAGUUUCAAGUCACAAAUGGUUAUGGCCCAACAAGAGCCCCACAAGUUAUGAGGGAUCACUGGGAAACAUUCAUAGUUGAAGAAGACUUCAAGUUCAUAUCAGAAAACGGAUUAAAUGCAGUGAGAAUACCAGUGGGAUGGUGGAUAGCGAAAGAUCCAAGUCCCCCGAGGCCUUAUGUUGGGGGCUCCUUAACAAUGCUAGACAAGGCCUUCUUUUGGGCACAGAAAUAUGGAUUGAAAGUGAUAAUAGAUCUACACGCUGCGCCUGGUUCUCAAAAUGGUUUCGAGCAUAGCUCUUCCCGAGACGGCUCAAUUGAAUGGGGCAAAACUGAUGAUACUAUACACCAAACUGUUGAUGUCAUAGACUUUCUAACAGCCAGGUAUGCCAAGAGUCCAAGCCUACACGCAGUGGAACUCAUAAACGAGCCUCUAUCCCCAUCAGUGCAACUAGAGACACUGACAAAGUAUUACAAGGCAGGAUACGACGCCGUUCGCAGGCACUCGUCCACGGCUUAUGUCAUAUUCUCAAACCGACUCGGAAACAUUGACGCAAGAGAGCUCUUCACUCUAGCCAGUGGCUUAAGUAGAUCGGUCAUCGACGUUCAUUACUACAACCUCUUCUCGUCUACAUUCGAAAACAUGACGCCCCAAGAAAACAUCGAUUUCAUCUAUACUAACCGAACGGGGGACUUGGGUUAUGUUACCACUUCAAAUGGCCCUCUCACUUUCGUUGGGGAAUGGGUGGCCGAGUGGGGAGUGAAGGAAGCCACCAAAGAAGAGUACCAAAGAUAUGCAAAGGCUCAGUUGGAGGUUUAUAAGAGAGCAAGCUUUGGGUGGGCUUAUUGGACUCUCAAAAACGUCAACAAUCAUUGGAGUUUGGAGUGGAUGAUUAAUAAUGGCUAUAUCAAACUUUAGAAUUACAGCAUUGCUAUAAUCCGCACCCUAGUAUCCAAUACUCUAUAACAUGGCAUUUCCUCGUUACUAUAAUUUAGUAGCGGUUCCUAUUUAUUUUAAUUUAAAUUAAAAUAUAUCAAACUUAAUAUUUAUUUUGUAUGAAUAUUGAUAUUGUGUAUUGGACACCUAUGAUGCUCUUUAGAAUUUAUCUUAA